UAGGGUCGCCUGCCGCGGGGUCGCCGGGCCCGCUCUGCGCCCGUCCCCGCCUCCGGAGCUCCCGUUGUGCUGCGGCCGCCGGAGCUGCGGCGCUCGGGCGUGAGACCGGGAGGGGCCGCCAUGGGGCCGAGAAGCCGCGCGAGAAGGGCGCAGUUCGCCGCUCCGCCGGGAGCCGAGUGGACCUGAGGCAUAAGACGGACAGCGCUUCGCCAGAAAAAAAUUGUUUGGCGCCUUAAAUUGAGUUUUGGCCCAAGCUUCGGGAGUUGCUGACUGGCUGUCUGCUUUCAGCUCGCUUGGCUGAUUAAAAAUAAUAAAAAAGCAGUUCUCUCUUUUUGCCUGUUGCUAUCAGUUUCUGUCUUUGCUAAGAGGUGGUCUCUGCCCAGCCGUGUUGGAAUGCGCAAGGUGUGGGGGUGUAUGCUGUUGUAAAGGCACGUGGAGGAGUCUGGAGCAAUGCCACCACCUUCGGACAUUGUGAAAGUGGCUGUUGAGUGGCCAGGUGCCAAUGCCCAGCUGCUGGAAAUAGAUCAGAAAAGGCCUCUUGCAUCCAUCAUCAAGGAGGUCUGUGAUGGGUGGUCAUUGCCAAACCCUGAAUACUACACCUUGCGGUAUGCUGAUGGUCCUCAGCUGUACAUCACAGAGCAGACUCGCUGUGACAUCAAGAAUGGAACUAUCCUACAGCUGGCAAUCUCCCCGUCUAGGGCAGCUCGCCAGCUGAUGGAGAGGAUCCAGUCGCACAGUAUGGAAGCCCGACUGGAUGCCAUGAAGGAGCUGGCUAAACUUUCAGCAGAUGUGACCUUUGCCACAGAGUUCAUCAACAUGGAAGGGAUUACAGUGCUGACACGGCUUGUGGAGAGCGGGACCAAGCUUCUGUCCCAUUACAGCGAGAUGUUGGCUUUCACCCUGACUGCCUUCUUGGAGCUCAUGGACCAUGGUAUUGUCUCUUGGGACAUGGUCUCAAUAACCUUCAUCAAACAGAUUGCAGGGUAUGUGAGUCAGCCUAUGGUAGAUGUCUCCAUCCUCCAACGAUCCCUAGCCAUUCUAGAAAGCAUGGUGCUAAACAGUCAGACUCUGUAUCAGAAGAUAGCAGAAGAGAUCACCGUGGGGCAGCUCAUUUCUCAUCUGCAAGUCUCAAACCAAGAGAUUCAGACGUAUGCCAUUGCCCUGAUCAAUGCCCUCUUCCUGAAGGCACCUGAGGACAAGAGACAGGACAAGCUGCUUAACCCACUAGACCUGCCCAUCACUGAAAUGGCUAAUGCAUUUGCCCAGAAGCACCUGAGGUCUAUAAUCCUGAAUCAUGUGAUCAGAGGAAACCGCCCGAUUAAAACAGAAAUGGCACAUCAGCUGUACGUGCUACAGGUCCUGACCUUUAAUCUCCUGGAAGAGAGAAUGAUGACCAAGAUGGAUCCCAAUGAUCAGGCACAGAGAGACAUCAUAUUUGAGUUGAGAAGAAUUGCAUUUGAUGCAGAGUCUGACAGCAACACCGUCCCUGGCAGUGGAACAGAAAAACGCAAAGCCAUGUACACCAAGGACUACAAGAUGCUGGGAUUCACUAAUCACAUCAAUCCAGCCAUGGAUUUUACUCAGACUCCUCCAGGAAUGCUGGCUUUGGACAACAUGCUCUACUUGGCCAAAUUUCAUCAGGACACCUAUAUCAGGAUUGUUCUGGAGAACAGCAGUCGAGAAGAUAAGCAUGAGUGUCCCUUUGGGCGCAGUGCCAUUGAGCUUACCAGGAUGCUUUGUGAGAUCCUGCAAGUUGGGGAACUCCCCAACGAAGGCCGGAAUGACUAUCACCCCAUGUUUUUCACACAUGACCGUGCAUUUGAGGAGCUAUUUGCCAUCUGCAUCCAGCUGUUGAACAAGACCUGGAAAGAAAUGAGGGCGACAGCAGAAGAUUUUAAUAAGGUUAUGCAGGUUGUGAGGGAACAGAUCACACGGGCUCUCCCCUCUAAACCAAACUCCUUGGACCAGUUCAAGAGCAAGCUGCGCAGCCUGAGCUAUUCUGAGAUUCUGCGACUACGCCAGUCUGAGAGAAUGAGCCAAGAUGACUUCCAGUCACCACCUAUUGUGGAGCUGAGAGAGAAAAUCCAACCCGAGAUCUUGGAGCUGAUAAAGCAGCAGCGCCUGAACAGGCUUUGUGAGGGAAGUAGCUUUCGAAAAAUUGGAAAUCGGAGAAGACAAGAAAGAUUUUGGUAUUGUCGUCUGGCUCUGAAUCACAAGGUGCUACACUAUGGAGAUCUGGAAGAUAAUGCCCAGGGGGAAGUUACCUUUGAAUCUCUACAGGAAAAAAUUCCAGUUGCAGACAUCAAAGCCAUUGUCACAGGGAAGGAUUGUCCACACAUGAAGGAGAAAAGCGCACUGAAACAGAACAAGGAAGUGUUAGAAUUGGCCUUCUCGAUAUUAUACGAUCCUGAUGAGACCUUGAACUUCAUUGCACCUAAUAAAUAUGAGUACUGUAUCUGGAUCGAUGGGCUUAAUGCUCUCUUGGGGAAGGACAUGUCCAGUGAGCUGACUAAAAGUGACCUGGACACAUUGCUGAGCAUGGAAAUGAAGCUGAGGCUGCUGGACUUGGAGAACAUCCAGAUCCCCGAAGCGCCGCCGCCCAUCCCCAAGGAGCCCAGCAGCUAUGACUUCGUGUACCACUACGGCUGAUGGGGGCUGAGCUGCAGCGGCCGCUCCGGGCAGCCUGGGGCCCGCGGCGAGAGGCCGGCGCCGCUGUUAACUCGCCCGGAGCCGGCGGCGGGCGCCACCGCCUGCGCGCGCUCGGCCGGCCGGCCGGC